GGGGAAAGGAAAAUCGGAAAUCAAGCCAGGAUAUUCGGCUAAACCAAACCCUCGAUUAAUUUAAUUAAUGCAGUCAGCGUAUAAAAAGUAGGAUCUUCUGUUGCGUCGAGAGAGAGAGAGAGAGAGAGAGCGCCGACCUUGGGGCUUUGGGGUUCGUCUUCGAAAUUCGAAAUCUACUAUUGUUUCGUUGCUGGGCUGGGCUGGGCUGGGACUCCUCGGGGCUUUGCAUAUUCCUGUUUUUUCGGGUUCAAGAGUUCAAUUUUGGUCGUGAUUUGCAUCUUUCCUUGUUGUUCCCUUUGAGAUCAGAUACUCCGUCAUUCACUUUCUCCCCCAAUCCAUAUAUUUUUGAUUUUGUAAAUUUCGGGACUCAUAUAAUACUUAUCUCCGAUCUCUUUCGGUGUCCAAAAUAAAUAAAUAUCCAAAGGGGGAUUGAUUGAUCAUUGGUUACUUUUGGGGGAUUUGUUUGGUUGUAAAUGUAAAGAGGAAGAGUAUAUUAUCGAUGGUUGUGUUAAUGUUAAGAAGAAUCGGUAGGCAUUGUUGGCAAGGUAUUGGUAGUAACCCUCCCAGUAGUGGCUGUAUGGUGUUUUGUGCUCAACAUAUAAUGGGUUCCAGUUGUUGUAUAACCCGUAAUGAUCCCGUUGGCUUCUUCUUGAGUAAGGGAUUGCAAUUGCACACCCUGUCUCCUCACUCUUGUACCACUUUUGUUAAUGGACGUGGACGAGGAGGAGGGAUUGCAAUUGGCAUUGGCCUCAACGGCCUCACUCUCAAAUGUUGCUUGAGGGACGAUGAUAUUGACGCCAUUGCUUUUCACAAGGGAAAGGUAAACCCCCCUCGUGCAUUCGCUGCGCACCACCUCCACUCGCUCCGUCUCCGCGAUUUCGACAUUGGUCUCCAAGAUGGCACUGCUACUGCUGACAACGCCACUGCCACUCCAAACCAAACUCAACAAGGGGCAUCCCACCGUGGAUUCCCUGACCGUCCUUUGCCCGAUAAGAUUGUUGUCGCCGUUGAUGUCGAUGAGGUUUUGGGAAGCUUUGUAUCCGCUCUGAACAGAUUUAUUGCGGAUCGUUACUUUUCAAAUCAUUCACUUUCGGAGUAUCAUGUCUAUGAGUUCUUCAAGAUAUGGAACUGUUCCCGUGAUGAAGCUACUAACCGUGUCCAUGAGUUCUUUAAAACAUCGUACUUCAAGACAGGGAUCCACCCCAUCCCAGGUGCUCGGAUGGCGCUUAAUAAGUUAUCGAGAGUUUGCAACCUAUCAGUUGUGACGUCGCGACAGAAUGCAAUCAAGGAACACACAAUUGAUUGGAUUGAGAAGCAUUAUCCGGGACUGUUUCAGGAGAUUCACUUUGGCAACCACUUUGCUUUGGAUGGAGCUUCUAGGCCUAAGUCAGAACUUUGCAGCAGGUCCUUAGGAGCUAAGGUUCUGAUUGAUGACAAUCCAAGAUAUGCUAUUGAGUGUGCUGAAGUUGGAAUCAGGGUUCUACUUUUUGAUUAUGAGAACUCGUAUCCUUGGUGCAAGACGGAGUCUGUCGAUCAACAUCCUCUGGUCACGAAGGUUCGUAAUUGGGAAGAAGUGGAGCAACAGCUAAUCUCUUGGAUUGUCUCUUAGUUGCAUAAUCCUAUCACUAAAAUUUACUAUUCACCAUCACUUCAUCAAGAUAUAUUACUGAUUCUUAUUCCCAGAACAUCUGAUGGAUGCUAAAGUAAGUAUUCUUAUACACAAUCUGGUCCUUGGUGGAGCGGCUGAAAGGAGUCCAACCAAACAGGAUUGUGGGGUCUGUGCUAGUACGAAAUUCUUAAAGGCGAAGUGACUUUUUUUUUGUUUUUGCUAGCAACGGGGGAAGUGACACUGUCAUCUUUCCCACUUCUUGAGCCAUGUAGACAAAAAUAUUUUUCAUGUAAAAUUUUGGGUUCAGAUUGUUAGAUAUGGUGAGAACAUUGAUGUAAUUGUGCAGUCAUUAGCAGGUUAAAUUUACUUCAUAUUGGUGUUUGUUUUGGUCAUAUAGCUUGAAGUAAACUGGCAAUGUCAAGGCUCGUUUGUUUU